UGUGUAAGGUGGAGCAAAAGAAGGACCGAAGUGAGUGGUGUGUCACUGGAGUAGAUAUAAGGUGAUUGGACCGCGGGAAGCGAGUGUUCACUUGAAUCUCAGUGCAGAGGACGCGUUCAAUCUCGGCUGUGACCAUGGAGAGCUCCAAACUCUGGACGACAGCGAUGGCAUGCGCUGUGCUGCUUUCCUGCAUUCAAGGUGCUGAAAUGGACUUUGACAACGAAUCUGACUUAGAAACGAGAGCUUUGAGAGAGUUUUACCCAAAGGACCCGAAUCUGACAAACGAAAAGCAGCUCCUGGGGGCUUUGCAUGACGUUUUGGAGAAACUGCAGAGUAAACGCAUCUCACUUUGGGAAAAGAAGUUUGGACGCGUUCCUACAUGCGACGUUGGAGAGCAAUGCGCCAUCAGAAAAGGCUCAAGAAUCGGCAAAAUGUGUGACUGUCCACGUGGAGCGUUUUGCAAUUACUUUUUGCUGAAGUGUUUGUAAAGACACAGAUGGAUUGUGAAUUGGAAAUAUACACAUGGUAUUACAGAUAUUUAUACAUUAUGUGAUUUCUAUUUUUAUGAUUAUGAAGUGCUAUGAGAAAAACAGAUGAAUUUGAAAGAUUGUUUAAUUAUUUGCUGCUCUUGAUGUGUAACUAAACCUGAAUAAAUUGUGUGGACCUUUGUUUUCUAAGGCA